GACUACCCUUGGCAACAGCGAAGCUCUGCGGUCCCGCGGUCGGGCUAGGGGUUUGAGCCAAGCUCCUCUCUUCCCUUCACUUCCCUCCGGACUGGUUUCUUCUUCCUUCCUCCUACCGCCAACUUCCCUCCACCCCUUCCAAUCAUGGCGAACGGGACUGCGGACGUUCGGAAGCUCUUCAUCUUCACUACUACCCAGAAUUACUUCGGGCUGAUGUCUGAACUCUGGGAUCAGCCACUGUUGUGCAACUGUCUUGAAAUCAACAACUUCUUGGAUGACGGUAACCAGAUGCUCCUCAGGGUGCAGCGAUCCGACGCCGGAAUCUCCUUUUCCAACACGAUUGAGUUUGGUGACACCAAAGAUAAAGUGCUGGUGUUUUUCAAGCUGCGACCUGAAGUAAUUACCGAUGAGAAUCUACAUGAUAACAUUCUUGUUUCAUCUAUGUUAGAGUCACCUAUUAGUUCUCUUUACCAAGCAGUACGGCAAGUAUUCGCACCAAUGUUGUUAAAGGAUCAGGAAUGGAGCAGAAAUUUUGAUCCCAAACUGCAGAAUCUUUUGAGUGAACUAGAAGCUGGGUUGGGUAUAGUUCUACGAAGAUCAGACACUAACUUAACAAAAUUGAAAUUUAAGGAAGAUGACACACGAGGUAUCCUUACACCAAGUGAUGAAUUCCAGUUUUGGAUAGAACAAGCUCACCGUGGAAAUAAACAGAUUAGUAAAGAAAGAGCCAAUUAUUUUAAAGAAUUAUUUGAAACAAUUGCAAGAGAGUUUUAUAACUUGGACAGUCUAUCCUUACUAGAAGUUGUCGACUUGGUGGAGACUACUCAGGAUGUUGUAGAUGAUGUGUGGAGACAAACAGAACAUGAUCAUUAUCCUGAGUCACGAAUGUUGCAUCUCUUAGACAUCAUAGGUGGUUCAUUUGGAAGGUUUGUUCAGAAAAAGUUGGGAACUUUGAACCUAUGGAAAGAUCCUUAUCAUCUUGUGAAAGAAAAUCUGAAAGCGGGCAUUUCAAUUUGUGAACAGUGGGUGAUAGUCUGUAAUCAUCUAACAGGUCAGGUGUGGCAGCGCUAUGUUCCUCAUCCGUGGAAAAAUGAAAAAUAUUUUCCAGAAACACUUGACAAACUUGGCAAACGCCUUGAAGAGGUCUUGGCUGUUAGAACAAUUCAUGAGAAGCUUCUCUAUUUUUUACCUGCCAGUGAAGAGAAAAUCAUAUGCCUCACUCGAGUAUUUGAACCUUUUACUGGCCUAAAUCCUGUGCAAUAUAAUCCAUAUACUGAGCCCUUGUGGAAAGCUGCAGUGUCUCAAUAUGAAAAGAUUAUUGCACCUGCGGAACAAAAAAUAGCAGGAAAAUUGAAAAGUUAUAUUUCAGAAAUUCAAGACAGUCCACAGCAGCUUCUUCAAGCAUUCUUGAAAUAUAAAGAGUUGGUAAAGCGUCCAACUAUAAGCAAAGAAUUGAUAUUAGAAAGAGAAACUUUACUGGCAAGACUUGUGGACUCAAUUAAAGAUUUUCGAUCAGACUUUGAGACUCGGUGCCGAGGAAUUCCUGGUGAUGCAUCUGGACCACUUUCUGGCAAAAAUCUUUCAGAAGUUGUCAACAAUAUAGUUUGGGUUCGCCAGUUGGAAUUGAAGGUCGAUGAUACUAUCAAGAUUGCAGAGGCUCUUUUAUCUGACUUGUCAGGAUUUCGAUGUUUCCAUCGAAAUGCUGAAGAUCUCUUAGACCAGCUUAAACUAUAUGAACAAGAACAGUUUGAUGAUUGGUCCAGGGAUAUUCAAUCAGGUUUAUCUGAUUCCAGAUCUGGUUUGUGUAUUGAGGCUAGUAGUCGAAUUAUGGAAUUGGAUUCUAAUGAUGGAUCACUAAAAGUGCAUUAUUCAGAUCGUUUGGUGAUUCUUCUGAGAGAAGUUCGUCAGCUCUCUGCACUUGGCUUUGUUAUUCCUGCCAAAAUACAGCAAGUUGCAAACAUUGCGCAGAAAUUCUGCAAGCAAGCAAUUAUUCUUAAACAAGUGGCACAUUUUUAUAAUUCUAUUGAUCAACAAAUGAUUCAAAGUCAGAGGCCGAUGAUGUUACAAUCUGCCUUAGCAUUUGAACAGAUAAUUAAGAAUUCAAAAACAGGAAGUGGAGGGAAAUCACAGAUUACUUGGGAUAAUCCUAAAGAAUUAGAAGGCUAUAUCCAAAAACUCCAAAAUGCUGCUGAACGGCUUGCCACUGAAAAUAGAAAACUGAGAAAAUGGCACACUACAUUUUGUGAAAAGGUGGUUGUUCUUAUGAACAUUGAUCUGCUUCGGCAGCAGCAGCGUUGGAAAGACGGAUUACAAGAAUUGAGAACUGGCUUAGCAACUGUAGAAGCACAGGGAUUCCAAGCAAGUGACAUGCAUGCAUGGAAACAACACUGGAAUCAUCAACUGUACAAAGCUCUGGAGCAUCAGUACCAGAUGGGCUUAGAAGCACUUAAUGAGAAUUUGCCAGAAAUAAAUAUAGACUUAACUUACAAACAGGGACGAUUACAAUUCAGGCCCCCUUUUGAAGAAAUCCGGGCUAAAUAUUAUAGAGAAAUGAAGAGAUUCAUCGGCAUUCCGAAUCAGUUUAAGGGAGUGGGUGAGGCAGGAGACGAAUCUAUUUUUUCUAUUAUGAUUGAUAGAAAUGCAAGUGGAUUUUUGACAAUUUUCAGCAAAGCAGAAGAUCUGUUUAGAAGAUUGUCAGCUGUUUUACACCAACAUAAGGAAUGGAUUGUAAUUGGACAAGUUGAUAUGGAAGCUCUGGUGGAAAAGCAUCUUUUUACUGUACAUGAUUGGGAGAAAAAUUUUAAAGCAUUAAAAAUAAAAGGGAAAGAAGUAGAACGACUUCCAAGUGUUGUCAAGGUAGAUUGUUUAAAUAUUAACUGCAACCCUGUGAAGACUGUGAUUGAUGAUCUCAUCCAGAAGUUAUUUGAUCUGCUUGUUCUUUCUUUGAAGAAGUCCAUACAGGCUCAUUUACAUGAAAUUGACACAUUUGUUACUGAGGCUAUGGAAGUCUUAACAAUUAUGCCCCAGUCUGUGGAAGAAAUUGGUGAUGCAAAUCUACGAUAUAGUAAGUUACAAGAACGGAAGCCAGAGAUUUUGCCCUUAUUUCAAGAAGCGGAAGACAAAAAUAGACUUCUACGAACUGUGGCUGGUGGAGGUUUAGAAACAAUUAGUAAUUUGAAAGCUAAGUGGGAUAAAUUUGAGUUAAUGAUGGAAAGUCACCAACUUAUGAUUAAAGACCAGAUUGAAGUGAUGAAAGGAAAUGUGAAAUCACGUCUUCAGAUCUAUUAUCAAGAACUGGAAAAAUUUAAAGCUCGUUGGGACCAGCUAAAGCCUGGUGAUGAUAUUAUUGAAACUGGCCAACAUAAUACUCUUGAUAGAAGUGCAAAGUUAAUAAAAGAGAAAAAAAUUGAGUUUGACGAGCUUGAAGUCACAAGAAAAAAGCUGGUUGAUGAUUGCCAUCAUUUUAGACUAGAAGAGCCUAAUUUCUCCCUGGCAAGUAGCAUCUCUAAAGAUAUUGAGAGCUGUGCACAAAUUUGGGCCUUUUAUGAAGAGUUUCAACAAGGAUUUCAGGAAAUGGCCAAUGAAGACUGGAUCACUUUUCGGACUAAGACAUACUUGUUUGAGGAAUUUUUGAUGAACUGGCAUGACAGGUUAAGGAAGGUUGAAGAACAUUCAGUGAUGACAGUGAAAUUACAAUCAGAGGUUGACAAAUAUAAAAUCGUAAUUCCUAUCUUGAAAUAUGUGAGAGGGGAGCAUCUUUCUCCAGAUCACUGGCUUGACCUUUUUCGUCUCCUUGGACUUCCUAGGGGGACUAGUCUAGAGAAACUACUGUUUGGUGAUUUGCUCAGAGUAGCUGAUACAAUUGUAGCCAAAGCUGCGGACCUUAAAGAUUUAAAUAGUCGGGCACAAGGUGAAGUUACAAUCAGAGAAGCUUUACGUGAACUUGAUCUUUGGGGAGUUGGAGCAGUGUUUACAUUAAUUGAUUAUGAAGACAGCCAAAGUCGAACUAUGAAGCUGAUUAAAGACUGGAAAGAUAUAGUAAAUCAGGUUGGAGAUAAUAGAUGCCUUCUUCAAUCCUUGAAGGAUUCUCCUUAUUAUAAAGGAUUUGAAGAUAAAGUAUCAAUUUGGGAAAGAAAACUUGCAGAGUUAGAUGAAUACCUGCAGAAUUUAAAUCAUAUUCAGAGAAAGUGGGUGUAUUUGGAACCCAUUUUCGGUCGUGGAGCAUUGCCAAAAGAACAGACACGCUUCAACAGAGUUGAUGAAGAUUUUAGAUCAAUAAUGACUGAUAUCAAGAAAGACAAUAGAGUCACAACAUUAACUACUCAUGCUGGAAUCAGAAAUUCUCUACUAACAAUACUUGAUCAGCUUCAAAGAUGUCAGAAAUCAUUAAAUGAAUUUUUGGAGGAAAAACGCUCAGCAUUCCCAAGAUUUUAUUUUAUUGGUGAUGAUGACUUAUUAGAAAUACUGGGCCAGUCUACUAACCCAUCAGUGAUUCAGUCUCACCUUAAGAAACUUUUUGCUGGUAUUAACAGUGUUUGCUUUGAUGAGGAAUCAAAACAUAUAACUGCAAUGAAAUCUUUAGAGGGAGAAGUUGUACCUUUUAAAAAUAAAGUUCUUCUAUCAAAUAAUGUAGAGACAUGGUUGAAUGAUUUGGCCUUGGAAAUGAAGAAAACUUUGGAACAGUUGUUGAAGGAAUGUGUUACUACUGGGCGAAGUUCUCAAGGUGCAGUUGACCCAUCUCUGUUCCCUUCACAGAUUUUAUGCUUGGCGGAGCAGAUUAAAUUCACUGAAGAUGUAGAAAAUGCCAUUAAAGAUCAUAGUCUUCAUCAGAUUGAAACACAACUGGUGAAUAAGUUAGAACAAUACACUAACAUUGAUACAAGUUCUGAGGAUCCAGGGAAUACUGAAUCGGGCAUCCUGGAGCUUAAACUUAAAGCCCUAAUUCUUGACAUUAUCCAUAAUAUUGAUGUGGUAAAGCAGUUAAACCAAAUUCAAGUUCAUACAACUGAGGACUGGGCCUGGAAAAAACAACUUAGAUUCUAUAUGAAAAGUGAUCAUACAUGUUGUGUUCAAAUGGUGGAUUCUGAAUUUCAGUAUACUUAUGAAUAUCAGGGUAAUGCUUCCAAACUGGUUUAUACUCCAUUGACAGACAAGUGCUACUUAACACUCACUCAAGCUAUGAAGAUGGGACUUGGAGGAAAUCCUUAUGGACCAGCUGGAACUGGGAAAACGGAGUCAGUAAAGGCUUUAGGUGGACUUCUUGGAAGACAAGUUUUAGUCUUUAAUUGUGAUGAGGGCAUCGAUGUGAAGUCAAUGGGACGAAUAUUUGUUGGUUUGGUGAAGUGCGGGGCCUGGGGUUGUUUUGAUGAAUUUAAUAGGCUGGAAGAAUCUGUACUGUCAGCCGUUUCUAUGCAAAUCCAGACAAUUCAAGAUGCUUUGAAGAAUCAUAGAACUGUAUGUGAACUGCUUGGCAAGGAGGUAGAAGUAAAUUCGAAUUCUGGAAUUUUUAUCACUAUGAAUCCUGCUGGAAAAGGUUAUGGAGGAAGACAAAAACUGCCUGAUAAUCUUAAACAGCUUUUCAGGCCUGUAGCUAUGUCUCGUCCAGACAAUGAGCUUAUUGCAGAAGUUAUUCUCUAUUCGGAAGGCUUUAAAGAUGCUAAAGUAUUGGGCAGAAAAUUGGUAGCUAUUUUCAAUCUAUCUAGGGAACUUUUGACACCUCAGCAACAUUAUGAUUGGGGUUUGAGAGCUUUGAAGACAGUCCUGAGAGGAAGUGGAAAUCUUCUUAGACAGCUAAAGAAAAGUGGCACUACACAGAAUGCUAAUGAAAGUCAUAUUGUGGUACAAGCACUGAGGCUUAAUACAAUGUCAAAGUUUACGUUUACUGAUUGCACCCGGUUUGAUGCACUGAUUAAAGAUGUCUUUCCUGGAAUUGAAUUGAAAGAAGUGGAAUAUGAUGAACUAAGUGCUGCAUUAAAGCAGGUCUUUGAAGAGGCCAAUUAUGAAAUUAUACCCAAUCAGAUCAAAAAGGCUUUAGAAUUGUAUGAACAGUUAUGCCAGAGGAUGGGAGUUGUUAUUGUUGGUCCAAGUGGUGCUGGAAAAUCAACCCUUUGGAGAAUGUUAAGGGCCGCACUUUGUAAAAUUGGCAAAGUAGUGAAACAAUAUACUAUGAAUCCCAAAGCUAUGCCUCGAUAUCAAUUAUUAGGCCAUAUUGACAUGGACACAAGAGAAUGGUCUGAUGGUGUUUUGACAAAUAGUGCUCGUCAAGUGGUUCGAGAACCUCAAGAUGUCAGCUCAUGGAUAAUCUGUGAUGGUGAUAUUGACCCUGAAUGGAUAGAGUCUCUGAAUUCUGUUCUGGAUGACAAUCGACUACUCACUAUGCCCAGUGGAGAAAGGAUUCAGUUUGGCCCAAAUGUUAACUUUGUGUUUGAAACUCAUGAUUUAAGUUGUGCCUCACCAGCCACAAUAUCUAGAAUGGGAAUGAUCUUUCUUAGUGAUGAAGAGACAGAUCUUAAUUCUCUGAUAAAAUCUUGGUUGAGGAAUCAGCCUGCCGAAUAUAGAAAUAGUCUUGAAAAUUGGAUUGGAGAUUAUUUUGAAAAGGCUUUACAAUGGGUUUUAAAGCAGAACGACUAUGUGGUAGAAACAAGUUUGGUUGGGACUGUGAUGAAUGGUUUGUCACAUCUACAUGGUUGCAGAGAUCAUGACGAAUUUAUUAUUAAUCUCAUAAGGGGACUUGGUGGAAAUCUGAAUAUGAAAUCACGUUUGGAAUUUACCAAAGAGGUUUUUCACUGGGCACGAGAAUCUCCUCCAGACUUUCACAAACCAAUGGAUACCUACUAUGACUCUACCAGAGGUCGAUUAGCAACAUAUGCGCUUAAGAAGCCAGAAAACUUGACUGCUGAUGAUUUCAGUAAUGGCUUAACUCUUCCAGUCAUUCAGACUCCUGACAUGCAACGAAGUCUAGAUUAUUUCAAACCAUGGUUAAGUUCUGAUGCUAAACAGCCCUUUAUUCUGGUAGGACCAGAAGGAUGUGGCAAAGGGAUGCUGCUCAGGUAUGCAUUUUCACAACUCCGAUCCACUCAAAUUGCUACAGUUCAUUGUAGCGCACAAACCACUUCUCGACAUCUCCUGCAGAAACUGAGCCAGACUUGUAUGGUAAUCAGUACUAAUACUGGUCGUGUAUACAGACCAAAAGACUGUGAAAGACUUGUUCUGUACUUAAAAGAUAUCAACCUACCCAAACUUGAUAAAUGGGGGACCAGUACUUUGGUAGCUUUCCUACAACAGGUAUUGACAUAUCAAGGAUUUUAUGAUGAAAAUUUGGAAUGGGUUGGUCUAGAAAAUAUUCAAAUUGUGGCUUCUAUGUCAGCUGGAGGAAGACUGGGAAGACAUAAACUUACUACCAGAUUUACUUCCAUUGUUCGUCUUUGUUCUAUAGAUUACCCAGAAAGAGAGCAGUUACAAACGAUUUAUGGAGCAUAUUUGGAACCAGUUCUACAUAAAAAUCUGAAGAAUCAUUCUAUUUGGGGUUCUUCAUCAAAAAUUAAUCUUUUAGCAGGAUCUAUGGUACAAGUGUAUGAACAGGUGCGAGCCAAAUUUACAGUUGAUGAUUAUAGUCACUAUUUCUUUACUCCUUGCAUUCUUACCCAAUGGGUUCUUGGCUUAUUUAGAUAUGAUUUAGAAGGAGGAUCCUCAAACCAUCCACUAGAUUAUGUGUUAGAAAUUGUAGCAUAUGAAGCGCGGCGCUUAUUUCGUGACAAAAUUGUUGGUGCAAAGGAACUUCAUUUAUUUGACAUCAUUUUAACAUCAGUGUUUCAAGGAGAUUGGGGCUCAGACGUAUUAGACAAUAUGUCAGAUAGUUUCUAUGUUACAUGGGGAGCUCGGCAUAAUUCAGGAGCAAGGGCAGCCCCAGGACAACCAUUACCUCCACAUGGAAAACCACUUGGAAAACUAAACUCUACUGAUCUCAAGGAUGUUAUUAAAAAGGGUCUUAUUCAUUAUGGACGAGAUAACCAGAAUUUAGACAUUUUACUCUUCCACGAAGUCUUGGAGUAUAUGUCUAGGAUAGAUAGAGUGCUGAGUUUCCCUGGGGGUUCACUUCUAUUAGCAGGACGCAGUGGUGUAGGUCGUCGGACCAUCACUUCUUUAGUCAGUCACAUGCAUGGAGCGGUCCUGUUUUCUCCAAAGAUUUCCAGAGGAUAUGAACUGAAGCAGUUCAAAAAUGAUCUCAAACAUGUGCUGCAUCUUGCAGGAAUUGAAGCACAACAAGUAGUUUUACUUCUUGAGGAUUACCAGUUUGUACAUCCUACGUUUUUGGAGAUGAUCAAUAGCCUUUUAUCCUCUGGUGAAGUUCCUGGACUCUAUACUCUUGAAGAAUUGGAGCCUUUGCUGUUACCACUUAAAGAUCAAGCUUCACAAGAUGGUUUUUUCGGACCAGUCUUCAAUUACUUCACAUAUAGAAUUCAGCAAAACCUGCAUAUUGUCUUGAUAAUGGAUUCUGCAAAUUCAAACUUCAUGAUAAACUGUGAGAGUAAUCCAGCUUUGCAUAAGAAAUGCCAGGUGUUGUGGAUGGAGGGUUGGUCUGAUAGCAGUAUGAAGAAAAUACCUGAAAUGUUACUCAGUGAAACAGGUGGUGAAGAAAAAUACAAUGACAAAAAACGAAAAGAAGAAAAGAAAAAAAAUUCAGUUGAUCCUGAUUUUCUAAAAUCAUUUUUAUUAAUCCAUGAAUCUUGUAAAGCAUAUGGUGCUACACCAAGCCGAUAUAUGACCUUUUUACAUGUGUAUUCUGCCAUUAGUAGCAGCAAGAAAAAGGAAUUAUUAAAAAGACAAAGUCAUUUGCAGGCUGGUGUAUCUAAACUAAAUGAAGCUAAAGCUCUUGUGGAUGAACUGAACAGAAAAGCUGGAGAACAAAGUGUAUUACUUAAAACUAAGCAAGAUGAAGCAGAUGCUGCCCUUCAAAUGAUCACAGUGUCAAUGCAGGAUGCUAGCGAGCAAAAAACAGAACUUGAAAGACUGAAGCACAGAAUAGCAGAAGAAGUUGUUAAAAUUGAAGAAAGAAAAAAUAAAAUUGAUGAUGAAUUAAAAGAAGUACAACCUUUAGUCAAUGAAGCUAAACUAGCAGUUGGAAACAUUAAGCCAGAGUCACUUUCAGAAAUCCGCUCACUACGCAUGCCACCUGAUGUAAUUAGAGACAUUCUUGAAGGAGUUUUAAGGUUGAUGGGUAUCUUUGAUACAUCUUGGGUGAGCAUGAAAAGUUUCCUUGCAAAAAGAGGUGUAAGAGAAGACAUAGCAACCUUUGAUGCCCGAAAUAUUUCAAAGGAAAUAAGAGAGAGUGUUGAAGAACUUCUUUAUAAAAAUAAAGGAUCUUUUGAUCCAAAGAACGCUAAGCGUGCCAGUACUGCAGCUGCACCUUUGGCUGCCUGGGUGAAAGCCAAUAUCCAGUAUUCCCAUGUCUUGGAACGAAUUCAGCCUUUGGAAACUGAACAGGCAGGAUUAGAAUCGAAUCUGAAGAAAACUGAAGACAGAAAAAGGAAACUAGAGGACCUCCUUAAUUCUGUUGGUCAAAAGGUAUCAGAACUCAAAGAAAAAUUUCAGAGCAGGACUUCAGAAGCUGCAAAACUUGAAGCUGAAGUAAGCAAAGCACAAGAAACAAUCAAAGCUGCAGAAGUCUUAAUUAAUCAGCUUGAUAGAGAACAUAAGAGAUGGAAUGCACAGGUUGUAGAGAUAACAGAGGAAUUAGCUACUCUUCCUAAAAGAGCUCAACUUGCUGCUGCAUUUAUUACAUAUCUUUCUGCUGCUCCUGAGUCUCUGAGAAAAACCUGUUUGGGAGAAUGGACCAAGUCAGCUGGUCUUGAGAAAUUUGAUCUGAGGAGAUUUCUUUGUACUGAAAGUGAGCAGUUAAUUUGGAAAAGUGAAGGCCUACCAUCAGAUGACCUUUCCAUAGAAAAUGCUCUUGUAAUAUUACAGAUCAUUGGUUUGAAAUCAUGGAGUCGAGUGUGCCCAUUUCUUAUAGAUCCUUCUUCCCAAGCUACAGAGUGGUUAAAAACACAUUUGAAAGACUCACGUUUAGAAGUUAUCAAUCAGCAGUUAUUGAGACGAGAUCUGGUUGCUCAAGGACCACGUUAUGUGGUACAAAUAGGUGACAAAAUAAUUGACUACAAUGAAGAAUUCCGCCUCUUUUUGUCAACAAGAAACCCAAAUCCUUUUAUUCCACCGGAUGCAGCUUCCAUUGUUACUGAGGUUAACUUUACUACAACAAGAAGUGGAUUACGAGGGCAGCUUUUAGCUUUAACCAUUCAGCAUGAGAAACCUGAUUUAGAAGAACAGAAAACAAAACUAUUACAACAGGAAGAAGAUAAGAAAAUACAGCUAGCAAAGCUCGAAGAAUCUCUUCUAGAGACACUUGCCACAUCUCAAGGCAAUAUUUUGGAAAAUAAGGAUUUGAUUGAGUCUUUGAAUCAGACAAAAGCAAGCAGUGCACUUAUUCAAGAGUCACUUAAAGAAUCUUACAAACUCCAAAUUUCCCUUGAUCAAGAACGGGAUGCAUAUCUCCCCCUGGCUGAGAGUGCCAGCAAGAUGUACUUCAUUAUUUCUGAUUUGUCCAAAAUUAAUAACAUGUACCGUUUUAGUUUGGCUGCUUUUCUCCGACUUUUCCAACGAGCUCUACAAAACAAACAGGAUUCUGAAAAUACAGAACAGAGAAUCCAGUCACUUAUCAGCUCAUUAAAACAUAUGGUAUAUGAAUAUAUAUGUCGUUGUCUAUUUAAGGCUGAUCAGUUGAUGUUCGCUUUGCAUUUUGUUCGAGGCAUGCAUCCUGAACUUUUUCAAGAAAAUGAAUGGGAUACGUUUACAGGUGUGGUUGUUGGAGACAUGUUACGUAAAGCUGACUCUCAACAAAAAAUACGUGAUCAGCUUCCGUCUUGGAUAGAUCAGGAACGAAGCUGGGCCGUGGCAACAUUAAAGAUUGCUCUCCCCAGUCUUUAUCAGACCCUCUGCUUUGAAGAUGCAGCUCUGUGGCGUACUUAUUAUCAUAAUUCAAUGUGUGAGCAAGAGUUUCCAUCUAUUCUUGCAAAGAAAGUUUCCUUAUUUCAGCAGAUUCUCGUAGUACAGGCGCUAAGACCGGACAGAUUGCAAAGUGCCAUGGCUCUUUUUGCAUGUAAAACUCUGGGACUGAAAGAGGUGUCCCCACUGCCUCUAAAUCUCAAACGUUUAUACAAAGAGACACUGGAAAUUGAACCCAUCUUGAUAAUUAUUUCUCCGGGUGCCGAUCCUUCUCAGGAACUUCAAGAACUUGCUAAUACUGAAAGAAGCGGCGAGUGUUAUCACCAGGUUGCCAUGGGUCAAGGUCAAGCUGAUUUAGCAAUUCAAAUGCUAAAAGAAUGUGCCCGCAAUGGAGACUGGCUCUGUUUGAAGAACUUACAUCUUGUGGUAUCUUGGCUGCCAGUUCUGGAAAAGGAAUUGAAUACUCUUCAACCUAAAGAUACCUUUCGUCUUUGGCUCACUGCAGAAGUUCAUCCCAACUUUACUCCUAUUUUACUACAGUCAAGUUUGAAAAUAACAUAUGAGUCACCUCCAGGUUUAAAGAAGAAUUUAAUGCGUACUUACGAGUCUUGGACUCCUGAGCAAAUUAGCAAAAAAGAUAAUAUACAUCGAGCUCAUGCUCUCUUCAGUCUUGCAUGGUUUCAUGCUGCAUGUCAAGAAAGAAGAAAUUAUAUUCCUCAGGGUUGGACCAAGUUUUAUGAAUUUUCUUUAUCAGAUCUUCGGGCUGGGUACAACAUUAUUGACAGACUUUUUGAUGGUGCCAAAGAUAUACAAUGGGAAUUUGUACAUGGUUUACUUGAAAAUGCUAUUUAUGGAGGACGUAUAGAUAACUAUUUUGACCUUAGAGUUCUUCAGUCAUACCUGAAGCAGUUUUUUAAUUCUUCAGUUAUUGAUGUAUUCAACCAAAGGAACAAGAAAAGCAUUUUUCCAUAUUCCGUAUCUCUACCACAAUCCUGCAGCAUUUUGGACUAUCGCGCUGUCAUUGAGAAACUUCCAGAGGACGACAAACCUAGUUUCUUUGGUCUGCCUGCCAAUAUUGCUCGCUCAUCUCAGCGCAUGAUCAGUUCUCAGGUUAUUUCACAGUUGAGGAUUUUGGGCAGAUCCGUAACAGCUGGUUCCAAAUUUGAUAGAGAAAUCUGGUCUAAUGAACUUUCUCCUGUCCUCAAUCUCUGGAAGAAACUAAACCAGAAUUCAAACCUGAUACAUCAGAAAGUGCCUCCUCCUAAUGAUCGACAAGGAUCUCCAAUAUUGUCAUUCAUCAUUCUUGAACAAUUUAAUACUAUUCGUUUAGUACAAAGUGUUCACCAGUCUCUUGCUGCUCUCAGCAAAGUCAUCAGAGGAACUACUUUAUUGAGUUCAGAAGUACAAAAAUUGGCAAGUGCUUUAUUAAACCAAAAGUGUCCUCUCGCAUGGCAGAGCAAGUGGGAAGGCCCAGAAGAUCCCUUACAAUACCUGAGGGGUCUUGUUGCCCGUGCCCUUGCAAUACAGAACUGGGUAGAUAAAGCUGAAAAACAGGCUCUUCUCUCUGAAACGCUUGACCUAUCAGAACUUUUCCAUCCAGACACAUUUCUUAAUGCGCUUCGCCAGGAAACUGCAAGAGCAGUGGGUCGUUCUGUGGAUAGCCUUAAAUUUGUAGCCUCAUGGAAAGGUCGACUACCAGAAGCAAAGCUACAAAUUAAGAUCAGUGGCUUGUUACUAGAAGGAUGUAGUUUUGAUGGAAAUCAACUUUCUGAAAAUCAGCUUGAUUCUCCUAGCGUGUCAUCAGUGCUCCCUUGUUUUAUGGGCUGGAUUCCACAGGAUGCAUGUGGUCCAUAUUCCCCGGAUGAGUGCAUCUCUUUGCCUGUUUACACAAGUGCUGAAAGGGAUCGUGUGGUUACCAAUAUUGAUGUUCCAUGUGGGGGCAACCAAGACCAGUGGAUUCAGUGUGGAGCAGCUCUAUUCCUAAAAACUCAGUAGAAUCUAAUGACAACAAAAGCCGUCUUCACAAAAGGGAACACUGAUUCUUUAAGCUUUAAAUCAAACAUGUGGUCAGUCUACAUUUGAAAUGUUAGUUCAAAAUAUUAACAUAUAGUUACCUUACAAUAUUGAUCUCAUUGAAAUUUCAAUGUGUAAAAGCAGCACUGUGCAUCUUUUAAAGUAAUUAAUGGAGUUAUUGUUAAAACAGAGUAUUCUUUUGAUAACAUUAAAUAUUUCUGUGAGGAACUUCACUUUUCCAGUGGCUCAAAAAUUUGUUUUAGGUCAGAGAUUUUAAGUGGUAUAUUAAAGUAAUCCAUAAUAAAUAUUUUGGCUGUCAUUUGUGUCAUAAUUAUUUAAUAAAAUAUAAGAGCAUUCAUAAUUUU